AGCCACUUUCGUGUGUGAUUUACAUUUUUUUGCAUUUUUUUUGUACGGAUGUACAAGCUGUGAAGUGAAUCAAAGAUAACGCGUGCCGAUCGCAAAUGUCGGAGAGGAAUUUUUGAAUAAACCCAAAUGCGAAUCAUAUCGAAACUGUAUCCUCGCGGACCCCUCGAUCGCAAUGGGAAAAUGCUGAUCCUGCUGCUGCUCAUCGUAACGCUGACGGAAGCAAUUGGUGCCUUUGGUCCAGAGUUUGUGGAGAGCAUUUCCAAUGUGUCCGUCGCCGUGGGCCGCGAUGCCACCUUCACGUGUCACGUUCGCCACCUGGGCGGCUAUCGGGUGGGCUGGCUGAAAGCCGACACCAAGGCCAUCCAGGCCAUACACGAGAAUGUCAUCACGCACAAUCCCCGUGUGACGGUCAGCCAUUUGGAUCAAAACACCUGGAACCUGCACAUCAAGGCGGUGGCGGAGGAGGAUCGCGGCGGCUACAUGUGUCAACUGAACACGGAUCCCAUGAAGAGUCAGAUAGGCUUCCUCGAUGUGGUCAUACCGCCGGACUUUAUCAGCGAGGACACUUCAUCGGAUGUGAUUGUGCCGGAGGGCAGUUCGGUGCGCCUGACAUGUCGUGCCCGCGGCUAUCCGGAACCGAUUGUCACCUGGCGGCGUGAGGACGGCAACGAGAUUGUCCUCAAGGACAAUGUGGGCACAAAGACAUUGGCACCCUCGUUCCGCGGCGAAGUGCUGAAGCUGUCAAAGAUCUCACGGAACGAGAUGGGCUCCUAUCUGUGCAUCGCCUCCAACGGGGUGCCCCCAUCGGUUUCAAAGCGCAUCUCGCUUAGCAUACACUUUCAUCCAGUCAUCCAAGUACCAAAUCAAUUAGUCGGCGCACCACUUGGCACUGAUGUCCAAAUCGAGUGUCACGUUGAGGCCUCGCCCAAAUCAAUUAACUACUGGAUUAAGGACACGGGUGAAAUGAUUGUCAGCUCGGGCAAGUAUCAUGUGCAGGAGACAUCCCAGUCCAUGUACGAGACGAAGAUGUCGAUGAUUGUGCGUAAGUUUCAGAAGGAUGAUGUCGGCUCGUAUCGCUGCAUAGCCAAGAACUCCCUCGGUGAGGUGGACAGCAGCAUACGCCUGUAUGAAAUCCCCGGUCCGAAUCGUAAUAAAAAUCCCUUGAACGGAAAGGGCAACGUCGGCGGCGGCGGCGGCGGCGGCGGAGUCGGCUUGGAUGCGGAUGCCAAUGACAUUUUAAAGCAGAAACAACAAGUCAAAGUCACAUACCAGCCGGACGACGAGGAGCUGCAGUACGGCUCCGCCGAGGAUUUCGAUGGCGAUGGCGAGGGUGGCGGCCUGACGCCGUUAUCGCCUCACGUUUACUACACCAGCGGCAAUAAACCGCCCACACAUAAGCCUGGCAGCCCUGGCGGCAGCGGUGGUAAUCAGCAUCAACAUCAGCAGCACCACCAUCACCAUCACCACCAGCAGCAGCAUCAGAAUGGCGGCGGCGUAGGUGCAGCUGGGGGUGGUGUCGGUGGUGCAGCAGGUGGAGGCGGGGAGCUGGGCAUCACACGUAAGCCGCCACCCUACUACGGCGUCGGCGGCAACAACGAGGUGCGCGGCCCCAUCGACAACAACAACAACAACAACAACAACAACGAAAUGAGCUCCGGCGGUGCGGGAAUUCGCGGCUUCAGCUUCAGCUUCAGUUUCCACAUGUGCCCCCUACCGAGCGUCAGUUCCAUCAGCUGGCAGGGGGCAUGGCAUCCGCAUUGGUGGCACUGUCGACAGCCGCUCUUAAUGGGUUUGUCGGCCGUGUCCGGUUUACUUCUCACGCUCCGCCAUUGCCUCUUAUAAUACCCAGUCUAACGGGAUUGAACACACACACCCCCGCACACCCCGCACACACACACACACACCUAGUACGUUGUAGUAGCAAAUGUUAAAAUUGUUUAUAACAAAAGACAAGCCACAACCACACUCCAAGCAGGCGGAAACUGGACAGCGGCAGAGGGAAAUAUUUAUAUAACAUUUGGAGAAUUGAAUGCUGAUGAUUAUUAAUAUUAACAGGCGCGGGUUUUGGCUUCAAGGUGUGGUACUCUUUUCCCUUUGCACUUACCCUUUUCUCAUUAAAUCCUCGUCUCGCCCCGCUUGAAAUUUCCUAAUCCCAUUUUUGG